AUGGUGGACCUUCAGGCGGGACAUGAAUCCCACCCCGAUGGCAUGGUUGUCCCAUCAUCGGACCUUGACAUAUCGUUUGACAUUCAUCGAAUGAACAAUUACCUCUAUCGACACCUGGGGUCGAGUCAUCAUGUUGCAAGUCCCUACCCUGAUGGCAUUUCAGUCGUUACUCCCAUCACUCAAGACGUCAGGCUUGAGACUCCGACUCAUAGCAGUCUCUACAAUAGGGUCCGUCUCCCCAAUGGCCAUGACCUCCGCACACCGUCCAAGGCCUACCAAGGCCGCCACCUAGGACACAGACGUGGCCAUACUUCACUACCGUCGGCCGAAGAUCCUGCUCUCGAACGUGUGGCUCGCAACUUGAUGAAAAGAUGGGAGCGAUGCCCCGGAUACCAGCAGUACCGCAAGCGGCAACCAAUAGACGACGAUGAGUCCAAGGAGAAAGUGUGGCCACCACAUUUGGAGCUUGCGUUUUGCAAAGCUCUCAUUCUCUACCCUCCCAUGGGCCGCAAGAAGACGUCGCCUGCACUGGGGGAGCCGGCGAUGGGACGGAAUGAGCUCAUCGCCUGGGCCAUCAUGAAAUGGACCAACGAGAGCCGGGACCGGAAGAAGGUCUCGAGUCAUAUUCAGGUUUUGAGGCCGAUGUUUGAAAAAUAUAAAGACGUCGACCCUGGAUUGCUGAAAUACUUUUCGAACUCACCGAAAGCAGCUACAGGCCGGCGAGGGUGCCGACCUGCUUCUCAGUCGAUGAAUCGACAUAGGCAGUUCUCGCAUAAUACCCGAGCAAUCAGCUCAGAGUACUGCUAUCCAAAUGGAACGGCAAGUGCGUCGUCCACAUCCACUGGCAGCGGGGUAUCAGUCCAUCCGCCGCGUCCAGAAGACAUCCAGGAGGUCUGCCGGUAUCCCAGUGGUUAUUUCUCCUUCGUGCCCACUAAGUUCGAGAUGUUCGUGAAGCAACGCGAGAAACAGAUUCAUCUCUUCACCCGGUCCACCCGCAAUUGCCAAGGGCUCGAUAUAGGGCUCGACGACAUCUAUCAUCUGCGCUUCGACUUCCCGCCACUCGCCACCGAGAUGGAGCGCGGAUCCCUGCAGUCGCAGGUUAUCUUCAACAACGCUCGCAUUGGCCUCGCCGCCGACUCCAUCCCCAGCGGCCGCGACUCCAACGAGAACGAACUCGGCGUCUUCAUGGUCCUCGACUGCGACUCCAAGCACGUCUCCAUUUCUGAGCACGUCAGCCAUUACUUCGGCGGCUUCCGCGCCCGCACUCGCUUCUACGACUCGGGGAAGCUCAUCUCCGACGUGCCAGAGGAGACGGACCGCGACCAGCUCGACCAAGCCAAGCCUACUUACGACUUGGACAACAAGACCCUGGGCAACGUCUACUUCGGCAGCGUCUUCUGGGCCGAGCGGAUGUACAAGCUGGGCCGAGUGCUUCGCGAGGCGGCUGAAAAGCGCGCGGCGGGCACCAUUGCCAGUGACGAGGCGGCUCGCAGCUUGGAGCAGCGGGUCUCGGAGUCGGUCAAACGACUUUCGGCGGUGCAGGAGAUCUGGGCGGUGUCGAGAGACAGUGGCCAGGAGAGGCGCAUCCUCGCCAUCUGCUGGAAGUUCGAGCACGUCAUGGCUCAGCCUUGCUUCACGAUAUGGAGACACGUUGUGCCGGGCAAUUUGGACUUGAUCAUACAGCCAACGACUAAGACAGAGCAGUCAUCUGAAAGCAAGUUGGCGAGCUCGUUGCAGGAAAUAUUUCCUCCGGGCGUCGACAUCGAUGCGAAUGGGAACGCCAAUGGGUUUGGAUUCGAUCUGCAACACGACACCGACCCCUUCAUUGCCACGGCACACUUCGACUUUACGGAUAUGGCCAUGCAACUACCACCAAACCUCCAGCACAACCUCGCCCUCUCGUCCACCAUGCCCGAAGCCGAAGGCAUGGUCGACACCUCUAUAGUUGACCACGCCCUCUACCCAUCCAACCACAUCGACUUCUCCGGCGGCCAUAUCAACAUCUGCAUGCCCGACACCAACGGCAUGAUGGACGACGCACACAUCACUACCGCCCUCACUCCCCUCGACAUGGACAUGACCAACGGCGGGCUCGAAGUCGACCUCAGUGCCGACCUCAGCGCCGACAUCGACGGAAACCUUGACGUGCACUUCGUCACCUCCGCUACAUACACCCCCACCGUAUAUACCCCUGCCGCACACACCCCUGCCGCAUAUUCUCCCGUUGUCUAUACCCCCGCGUCCGACCAAUCCCACAAGCGCCUCCUCUCCUUCGAAGACGGCGCUAACCCCGGCCCCGACCUCAUCGCUGAAGCCCUCUCCGCCGCCACCACCGCCGCAGAGAUGAACAGCGACGUGCGCGUGUGGGCGUGCAAUGGGUUCCAGUACUUCGAUGUCGGGUUCAGCGCCGCGCCGGCGGCAGGGGCGCAGUUCGCGGAGGCCGGAGCCGGGGUGAGCGUGGCACCGUCACAGUCGCCGGUGCGUGAGGAGGCAUUGAUGAAGUUGGAGGGGUUGACGGAGGGGGAGAGGGGGGUGGGGCAGAAGGUGGGGACGCCGGGGGUUGGUUCAUCUGCAGCUGGUGGUGAUGCAGACGGGGGGAGGGGUGGGGAUGGGGUUUGCGGAUUUGAUGGGGAGUCCAUUUAA